AUGCAGCAGAGCGCUCACAAGUGUCCUGAAAAACAUAAUUCUAUUCCUUGUACUAUCACCAGGAGCGAGAACUCAGCCUCCAGCCGGGAUCGCAGAUGGAGGCGAGGAAGCAAAAGCGAAGGUGUGGUUCCACGGGGCGCCCCCAAGCUACCGGGCAGGCCUGCGCUGAGCAGCCUCGGCGGCGGGGCCGGGACCGUGGCGGCGGCUCCCCCAGGUCCUCCGGGAUACUGGGGGCAGCGCUCGCCUCCUAACGCCGGGGCCCAGAAGGCUGCCCGUCGAGGCCCAAAGCGACCUGGGCUGGAGGCCGGAGCGAGACGCGCGGCGCCGUGGGACUCGGGAGCCGGGGUAAGGCAGAGGCUCAGACCCUGUUUAUGGAAACGCCGGACUCCUCAGGACUCGUCGAGUCUGAAACAACUCCGGGAAGGCUCCGCGGGCUUUCGGAGAAGCCUACUGUGUGCUCACCCUGUGGGUCUCUCUGAAGCCCUCGCUUUCCUUUCCCGGGCGCUCCCUUUCCCAGCUCUGCCACCCCGGCCACUCAGGCUGCGCCCGCGGAGCCUGGAGAAGGGCGAAGGAGCCCCCUGCUGGCCAGAGGCAGCAGGCGCGGCGACCGCUUCCGCUUCCCUCCGCCCGCGGCGCGGCCCCGCCCGGCCGCACCUCGACCCGCCCGCGCUCCAGCGCCCGGGCCCGUUAAAGAAACAGAAAACAAAACAAACACACACAAAGCGCCACCACCCACCCUCACCUCGUCAGCUGCUCGAAGAUCAGCUUGCUGCUUUCAGUAACAAAGGCAGGAGCUCAACUCAUCUUAGCUGUGGCCAACAAUUUAUGAAGAGAUAAUCCAGUUCAUAGGAAAUGAUGUUCUUCAAGUAUUCGAAGAACGGAAAGUGUUUCUCCGUCAGCAUGGAUUCAGCUUCAAAUAUGUCUUAUCUUGAUCUCUGGACUACUGGUGUAUGCCACGUUGAUCCUCGCAGGAAUAACUGUAAAGGGUUUCUAGUAUUUCUUUUACUAUCAGAAAAAACACCCUGGCAUCACGUUGCCUGCGGUUUCUAGUGAAAACAUCGGUCGGAGAAUUUUGAGCUUAUAGCCGUGGAUGAGGUAUGUAAUUUGUUUGGUGCUGAGUUCUGUGACAUGAAAAGUAAAUUACUAUUGGGUUGGGUAAUGGAAUGAAGGAUCUAUGAUCACAAAAAAAAAAGGGGGGGGGAAGAAAAAGAAAAAAUAUUUUCAGCAGCAAAGAUAUUUCAGAUUUAAUUUUUAUUUUUUGAAUUUGCUGACAUGAGCCUUAGUCAUCGGCCCUCCCAUGCCACCCUAGAAAAGCACGUGGUUUUUAGUCAGAUGAAACAGAAUACAGGUUAUGCCUUUUCCUUUGACAAUGUAAUGAAAAUAUCCUGGCUCACCACAAGUACUGCUGACAGACUAAAAUUAAUAGGAUGUCAUAAUUUUUACUCAAAUUGGGUAGCAAAUUCUGUAAAACACCCCUAAGACUGUGCAUAUCCUUUGACCCAGAACCUGUGAUUAUAGAAUAAACUGAAAAUAUAUUAUCACAAAACUUAAAGAAAAAAUAGUAGGAAGGAAGGAGGAGGGAAACAUUCUCAUGUUCUUAGAAUUUUAUCUUUGAAAUACAUGAAAUCUGUCCUUUUUUCAUUAAUUAAAUGUUUUUAAAAAUAAAAAAGAACAUGGAAAUAAUCAAGUCUGAGCCCAAUUUUGCUGUGUAACUAUGGCAGAUGAUGUAAGUCAAAUUCGGGACAAUUUUCCAAAAAACAAAAUUGAGAGACCAGGAAAGUGAGGCAGGUAGAAAGGAAGAGGCUACAGGAGGAGAAGGCAUUAUUGUUUUGGUCACUGCCCAGUGAUACUCCUCUGGUUCAUUGAGGCUGAGCCCUCCUCCAGAAAUCAAGUCAACCCUGAAUCUAGACUCUGUAGGGUAGGAUUUGGAGGCAGAAAGGGGAAAAUGUUACCUACAGGAUUCUGUCUUCCACUGGUCUGGGUUUUUUCCUCUAGCAUUACCUCCUUCAUGCGUCCAGGUUACUCAUCAGUGGGUGGUCACUCAAAGCAUUGUCAGGAGGGAGAGACCUAGACAUCUGACAGGACGUUGAUUAUGGACGUUACAGGGCAGUCCAAAUACGAUGACCCUGUUUUUGUCACAGAAAAUUUUUAAAUAUCAGCAAUGAUUAUAAGUGGGUGAGGGACUAUGAUUUGUAUUUGUUUUCCACUUUUUGUUUGCCUGUUUUUCUGUUUUUUUUUUUUUUUCUCGUGAUGAACAUGAAUUGCUUUUGUGAUAAGAAAAAUAGCUAAAAAGUUGUUUUUAAAAUGCAGAUUUGUGAUUUUCUAUAUAUAGCAAAUUCUGAUUUUCUCCACUGGUUGGUAAUUUACUUAGGUUCAUUCUAAUCUGUUAUAAUUUAGAUUGGUUAAUAAUGUGGAAAAAGAUGAUCAACUCCAGGAAGUUAACAAGUUAUAAAAUCACAUACGAGUUCCCUGUCAUCUACAUAUGUAAAAAUAAUGCCAAUGAUUCCAUUGUAGCAUAUAUCUCUGAACUCUAGGUGCUUACAAGUUGUAAGGAAGAUAGGAAAUAAAUUUAAAAUAUAUAGUAUAUUAGAUGGUAAAGAAAUAAGAAAAACUUUCUGAUGGAGAUAACUGAAGUGCAGAGAUACGCUGUAGAAUAUAGAGGCUAGGGUGUGAGUUUAGAAACAGUAGUCAAAGAAUGUCUCAUUGAGACGCUGACAUUAGAGAAAGAAGUGAGGAAAGUGAGUGAUCCUUGAGACAAUUUUAGAGAACAUUUAAGAGAAGGACCAAGUGCAAGACCCGAGAUGAGAGUGUGACUGGCCUCGUCAAGGGUUACAGCAUGUGUUCAACAACACUAGUUAAAUUGCAGCAAGGCUAGUUUCAAAACUGCAAGGUCUACAGCUUGUGUGUUAGGAACCUUCACAGAUCCUAUUCUUGGGGCAAUGCCUAGUGAAAAGUAAAUUUGCAGAAUUAAUUCUUUCAUGUUUGCUGUUUCUAAGAUACUAAUUGAUAUUUCAGAAAUAUUUUAUGAUUUCACCGUUUCACCGGUUGUUUUUUGCUGUGCUGUUUUGACUUCUUUUAUGAGUGAUAUGCUGUGUGAAGACAAGGUCAUGUAUGUUGUCUUUAUUAGUGAAAUCUCAGCUUGGCACAUACAUCUUUUGCAAGAAUAACUUGCUAUCAUCUAGGGGGAAUUUCCCAAAUAGAUAAUUACAAGGUAUAAACAGAACAAUUAGCUAGAAAUUAAAUUCAAUGUAAAAAACUUAUCCAGUUAUUGGUUUUCUAAGAAAAAAAAAAAAAAAGAA